AAACAAAAACAAAAACCCACCCCUGACAUUUUUAUCGAUCGUUAUAUUUAAUGUUAUGGAGCGAAGACGUUAUCACUCCUGUUAAAGCGGCUAUAAGCAACCAGGAAAUGUAAACUCUUCUGUCCGGGGUUGGGGGUGAAAGAGUUGACACUGGUGUUAAAUCAACAUCUGCUUACAGAAAACGCCAGCGUGUCACCGACUGCAUACGUUUUUGAUGACGAUGGCGUAUUAGAACGAACGUAUUAAUAAACAUGAAUAUAAACCCUGUAAUUUAAUGCCGCACUACUGUCGGAUCUGCUCUUAUAGAAAACGAAUCAACACCAUUUGACCAAUCAGAUACAAGAAUUAAACAGCGAUGAGAGACAGAGUGAGAAUCCUGGAGCUUUGUACCAGUACUGAUUCAGGGUGUAGAGGGCAUGACUGACUGGACUCUGGAAGCUCUGCGCUGAUCCUGAGGAAAACAGGAAUAGAUUAUACAUGGGGAAAUGUUGAUGUGUGUGUACACGAGGCUUACGGCAUGAGCUGGAAGUCUCUGGGGGGGUGUGUGUGUGUGUGUGUGUCGACAGGCGCUCAGGAUUAGAGGCUGUUGCGAAAAAUGAUUUCGUUGGCCUCUUAAAAUAGAGAGAGAUGGAGACGCUGAAGAAAACAAAAAGCCCUGCCGCUACAUAGCGGCGGCUCAGAGUGCGACCGGACCUGAGACGCAAACAACACCCACACAUGCAGACACGCACACACUCACAGACGUGUUCAUACAUAUACAUACACACGUACAUGCAUACGGAGCUGAAGCAGGAGCUGAUAUGGCUGUGACAGAAGCUAAUGAAAUGCCCCGGCAAUUCCCCAAGGUCACGCUGAGCGACGUGGACGAGGAGGUGCGCCUGAUGGCCGAGAAGGUGUACGCCUCUGCGCUGAAGGAGGAAGAGAAUAAAGAAGCCAUCUCCUUGUACACCGUGCCCGAAGACUGUCCCAUCGGCCUACAGCAGGCCAAGGAAAGGGAGCUCCUCCGGGAGCUGGCCGAACAGCACUCUGAGGAGAUGGCCAAGAGGAAGAAGAGUUUGAAGAUGAUUCGAUCUCAGUCCAUGCAAAUCCCGGUUUGUGUGGAUUGGGCAAGAGCUACACCCACUCCGCUCGUGUCCCCACUCUUCAGCUGUCCCUCCAUCCCGGACAGCUUCCCCGAGUACCAGAGAGUCACCAUCAGUGGGGAUUACUGUGCCGGGAUCACCGUCGAGGACUAUGAGCAAGCAGCUAAAAGUCUUCUGAAGGCGUUAUUCAUCCGGGAGAAAUACUCGAAGCUGGCGUACCACCGUUACCCCCAGACCACCGCCAGGUUCUUGCGCAGUGCUGAGAACCUGAAGUGGAGAGAGGAAGACGAUGUCCUGCCAGACAUCUGCCCAUGCCCUCAGGAAGGAGAGGACCCCUACAGCAUGGAGAACAUACCGGAGAACCUGGGCUAUGAGCUGAAAAUGAGGGAUGGGAUUAUCUAUGUCUACGAGGAUAAGACGGCUCUCGAGGAGAACAGACCCCACUGUCUGCCGUACCCUGAUCUUGAGACGUUCGCCAUCGACAUGAGCCACGUUCUGGCCAUGAUCGUAGACGGACCCACAAAGACGUACUGCCACAGACGACUGAACUUCCUGAGCUCGAAGUUCUACCUGCACGAGAUGCUCAACGAAAUGGCCGAGCUUAAAGAACUCAAAGGGGUCCCACAUCGAGAUUUCUAUAACGUCAGGAAGGUAGACACUCACAUCCACGCCGCAGCCUGUAUGAACCAGAAACAUCUGCUUAACUUCAUCCAGAGCACCUAUAAGACAGACGCAGACCGCGUAGUGCUGGAGAAGGCCGGAAAGAAACUGACCCUCAAAGAGGUCUUCAACAACCUCAACAUGGACCCUUACGACCUCACUGUGGACUCGCUGGACGUCCAUGCUGGCAGGCAGACGUUUCACCGCUUUGACAAGUUCAACUCCAAAUAUAAUCCGGUGGGAGCGAGCGAGUUACGAGAAAUCUACCUGAAAACUGACAACUACAUCAUGGGAGAGUACUUUGCCCGUUUGAUAAAGGAAGUCGCUCACAAUCUGGAGGAGAGUAAAUACCAGCAUGCCGAGCCCCGCCUCUCUAUCUACGGACGCUCCCCGGAUGAGUGGGACAGCCUUUCCCAUUGGUUUAUUCAACAUAAAGUCCACUCCCCCAACAUGCGCUGGAUCAUUCAGGUGCCCAGAAUAUAUGAUAUUUUUAUGUCACGGAAGCUGAUUCCCAACUUUGCCAAGAUGCUGGAGAACAUCUUCCUCCCCUUGUUUGAGGCGACGGUGAAUCCUCAGAAGCACAAAGAGCUGCAUGUGUUCCUCAAAUAUAUGACCGGCUUUGACAGCGUGGACGACGAGUCCAAGCACAGCGAUCACAUGUUCUCUUACAAGAGCCCCAAACCCGAGCAAUGGACCAGCGACGAGAACCCGCCUUACAGCUACUACCUCUUCCACAUGUACGCCAACAUCAUGGUGCUCAACAACCUGCGCAAGGAGAGAGGUCUGAGUACCUUCCAGUUCCGUCCACACUGCGGUGAGGCUGGCUCCAUCACUCAUCUGGUUUCAGCUUUUCUUACUGCGGAUAACAUUUCUCACGGCCUCAACCUCAAGAAGAGCCCCGUCCUUCAGUACCUGUAUUACCUGGCCCAGGUACCCAUCGCCAUGUCCCCUCUCAGUAACAACAGUCUGUUCCUGGAGUACUCGAAGAACCCGCUGCGAGAGUUCCUGCACAAGGGUCUGUGUGUGUCUCUGUCCACGGACGACCCCAUGCAGUUCCACUACACCAAGGAAGCCCUAAUGGAGGAGUACGCUAUUGCGGCCCAGCUGUGGAAGCUGAGCACGUGCGAUUUAUGCGAAAUCGCCAGAAACAGCGUGCUGCAGGCCGGCUUGUCUCAUCAGGAGAAAAAGUACUUCCUCGGCGCCAACUACUUAAAGGACGGUCCCGAAGGCAACGACAUCCGGCGCACCAACGUGGCGCAGAUCCGCAUGGCCUACAGACACGAGACGCUGUGUAACGAGCUCAGCUUCCUGGUGGACGCGAUGAAAUCCGAGGCCCUGGGCUCGCAGAUGUAGUCACAACAACACACCCGCUGCCAUAAGACUGUAGCCAUAUAUACACACUUGCAUGUUGCCUUGUACACAAGACCGCACAUAUCAGGUAUUACUUAACUGCUGCUGCUUGUGUUAGUGGGGAGGGAAAAAAACGAAACGAAACGAAACAGAACAACCUGCCUCACUGUAAUCCAUAUUGUAUGUCUUCCAUGUGAGUCCAGGUCUGCAUGCGUGUUCACUGUGGCCUCCGGUUUUGCACUGAGCACUACAUCCUCAGAGAUGAAGCGCAUCAGGGAUUGAUGAGAGGCACAGUAGAAAGCCAAUACAACAGCGCCCCCUAGUGGAGGCGAUCAUACUUUUAUCAACAGGAGCGACUUGAAACAUGGAAAACUAUAGAUUAGCUAUUAUAGUGGUUUUGAAUGUGGCAUAUGUGCAUUUUUAUCUGUUAGAUCCUGACCACUAGAAGAACGUUAUAACGGAGAUCUAGAUCCCAGCCACGCCCGAGUGAAGGUAUAAACGUUAGAUCUCAUUUAUUGAAUGUAUAAGAACUUGAACCUUGUAGCUUCGUAGCUAACGUGCUGUAUGUUUAUCCACCACCCUGAAAGCUGUUCUGCUGCAUCUAGUGGCCUUUUCUUCUGUUUAUCUCUGAACUCGUACAAUAUUGCACAUAAUGUAUAGAAAGAUAUAUAGCACGUUAUUCUUUAUUAAAAUACCUGAAUAGUGUAAGGGAGGGG